CCUACGUUGCAUGGGAUGACGGAGUGAACGUGUGCCAUCAAACGCGUCAUAGUGUGCGGUCGUCAUUCCCUGGAAAGAGCGAGCUGUGAUUACACCGGCGCGCCUCCGCUAGCGGCGCCGCUACAUGCACACCACACCCCGGCUGACGUCCCCGUCACGCACCGAGCCUAUGACUGGAGGUCCGGACCGCGACCCAGAUGCCUCUAUGAUCCAGUUAGCGUCCAGUUAGCAUCAGAGGUAAGCCAUGUCUGACCCAAACACCAACACAAACCCCUCGCGGCCUCAGAGGAAGAUGUCCACAGCCGGGGAGAGCGUCUACAAGGUGUUAGGACUAGAGAAAGGGGCCUCAGCUGAGGACAUCAAGAAAGCUUACAGGAAGUUGGCGUUGAAGUACCACCCAGACAAAUGCCCGGACAACCCAGAGGCGGCGGAGAAGUUUAAGGAGAUCAACAACGCCAACUCCAUCCUGAACGAUGAGACCAAGAGGAAGAUCUACGACGAGUACGGCUCCAUGGGUCUUUACGUGUCCGAGCAGUUUGGAGAGGAGAGCGUCAAGUACUACUUCCUCAUGUCCAAAUGGUGGUUUAAGACGCUGGUGCUGUGCUGCACACUCUUCAGCUGCUGCUGCUGUUGUUGCUGCUGCUGUUUUUGCUGCGGAAAAUGCAAGCCGCCCGACGAGGACGAGAACUACCAGUACGUGGACCCGGAGGACCUGGAGGCCCAGAUCAAGGCGGAGCAGCAGGACAGCGGUCCCACUGUAAUCAUAAGCCAGGCCACGUCUAGCGGGGGCGGCGAUACCCCAGAGGGCAAAAGUCAGCCCAUCCCCCUGCCAAUGCCAAUGCCGAUGCCCGAGCCGCCACCCUCGACACCUCUAUCCGAAGGGGAGGACAAAGAAGAGAGCUUGCCCGAGUCGAAAUGACUCGAAGAUGACACUGGACGUCAUGCAACAACAAGAGCAGGCAGGAAGCCCCGCCCCCGUCAUGUUCCAGCCACAUUAGCGUGCCAGCGCCAGCAGCGCAGAGAUGAACCAGCCUAAAGCCACCAGCCGGCUCAGACCCGCCAUCCUGAUCCCCAACCUGCAGGGGACGUCCAAUCUGGGGGAGCUUCCUCCUGUCCUCAGUGAAACGUGUCACGACGCCAUCUCGCUGUGGAUUCCUUCCUCCAUCUUUUCUCCACAUGCGAGUCAGGACCGUUCCAGGGACGCUCCAGGACGAGUAAUGAUGCAACACAGGAAGGUGACUCUCAUACAUGAUGGUCAAUAUUCCAGUUGGACCAGUUCCUUUUCAAGCGGUGUGAGAUGGGCAGGCAAGAAUGCAUGAUUUUGUCAGGAUGCAUGCACUCCAGUCCCGCUGAGACACGCCAACUGUGCUCCCAAACCACUCGUCUUGUGCCACUAACUAGCAAACAAAGAAAGCCAGCAGCUUCAGUGAACCAUGAUCAGCUGAAAAAGGCUAAUAAUUGCUUGUGAAAGAGCUCCAUGUAGCCACAUAACUUGUGUCUGCUCCCUGCAGAUGAUGGAUCCAAGUCCCUCAAAGGCAAUGCAGACCCUCCUGUGUACAGUCCAUCUUGUCUGCAGCUUACAAUGAUUUCCUGCUAAAUUCAGCUCAAGCUCCGAAAAAUCUGCUCUUGUCUCUUUUCCGCCAAUCCCGAUGUUGACGGAUGCGUGUCCACAUGACGGAGCAGGAAAGUGUUUCUUCCUGAGCUUUGAAAGGAAGUGUUGUGCCUUGAUUUUAAAGAAAAAAAUUAUUAAAAAAAUACAACGUGACACUUUUGUUGUCAAGUAGAAAUCCACCCAGACUCGUUUGCCAUUUUCCGCAUUCUCCCCUAUUUCCACGUGGUGUUGUCCAAGAGGAGCAUCCUCAUUGAGCCAGGCAUACACUAACCGUCAAAUGAAAUAGUCUCAAUUCAAUAUGACCGCGCCCUUUUUAAGUCUGAACACUCACUAUGCAAAAUCAUCCAUUUCAAUCAAAGCAGCAAUUUUAGAUGACAUCUUUUCUCAUUAUUGUCAGUUGCGAAUAUUUGGGAGGGAAAAUCAAAUGUGCAGGUGUUCUUUUGGCCAUAGUUCCAUUAAAAAAGCACACAUUUUACCUUAUGAACUGCAAUAAACUGACGUGGACAUUUAAAAAAUUUAGAUAUUCUUGUGAAAAGCGGUGUUCUCUGCCGUAAACAUUUGUGUUUUGCAAAUUUGGGCAAUUAUUUCCGUGAAAAUGUGUAAUUGACAAAAAGAAAAAAAAUGUCCACUGCAGAGGAUGCUGCUUCUCAGGAGGAUAUACAUUUAAACUUUUGUUUAUUCAGCCAAACCUGUCAUUUUACUAUAUAACAAUUAGAUGUGUCAAUACUUAAAAAAACUACAAUUUGUAUUUGUUUAUGUAUAUAACUUGUGAAACCUGAUGACAUGUUCUUAUCAAUGUUCAAACUGUAAAUAUGCAUUUUUAAGUUAAUGUUUAUUCAUGUGUGGUGUAUUUGUAGGUUAGCGUGUUUUUUUAAGAUAGGAACUCCAAGAGGACCAGUUGGACAAUCUACCUUUUCAUUUAAAAAAAAGAAAACACAAUGAAACAAGAGCAGCAAUGAGUUAUUAACAUAACUAUCUUUUUUUCGUUGUCCAUCUGUGUUUGUGCUCUGGAAUUCGACCAAAUAAAAAGGCAUUUCAUAAUUCCAUUCGUCUUGGAUGCAAUGGAAUUAUGUGCAGUGUUUGUACCUCCCGUCCAGCAGAUGGCGACUCUUGGUCUGUAUCACAGAUGUUCAGCCUGGCAAUGUUCCUGCCCAAAUGAGGAAAGGGAUGAAUAAAUUAAAUUAAAAUGUUUUUUUGAUUUACCUGUGAAUUAAAAAUGUUAGUCGUUUUUCAUGGAUCAUUUAAUUUCAUAGUUAUUUUUUCAAUGAAUAAGGCCGAUAAGUUAACAUCAAUGUGUGCGAAUGUAAUGGGUUUGUCCAAUUUAUGUAUCUGAUUCUGAGUAAACCACCACUUACCAGUGGAU